AUGGCAGGAGAUAUCGCUCAAGCUGUAAUCGCACAAGUGGCCGAGGCUGCGGAAGGGGUAGCAUUCUUCAGCAGAUCCUCAGAAAUAUUCCCCCAGAGAUUAGCAGAGGAAGAACAAAGACGACAGAAGAAGGCUCUCAAGCUUGAGCGUAAGAGAUCGUCGGCCAGUCUAGAGAAGGAACCAAGUCCUCAAGAAGAGAAGAGGAGGCGCAUCUCCAAAGAUCGCGACCUGUAUAGUUCGGACGAAGACGCCGGGGCUUCAUCGGCGCGAAGGGAAGCUACAACCUCUACACCCGGUAGUGGUAGUCGUAAAUCACGUUCGGCUUCGGCGCAAAAGAACCAAGCUUCUCCCACUUCACUUGCGGUGCGCUACAGCAGAGAUCUACGGGCAGCGAAAAAGGAAGAACCUGUGGUGAAGCCAGAGACAAAGGGCUACAUAUCUCUAAGUGAGAGCGAUGAUGAGGACGUAAAGCCGAUCGAUGCCCGCAAUAAGCCCAUUAUUCUGGAUGACGACGAUAUCUACUCAGUACCACAAAAACCGACACUAUCCGUCGACCUUGACCCAGAAUUGUCGGAUGAAGAAUUCCCAGAACUUCUGCAACAAGCACGGGAGCGAGAAAGGUUAAAGGUUCUAGCACGCGAAAAAGAGUCGAAAUUUUUCGAGGAACAGAACCAUACAUCGAAUGAACUAGACGAUGAUAUCUUCCAGGCGGAGAGUUCGAAGGCAGUCGUGGAUCCAAUAAUCGAGAUUCUCGUCUCCUCUCAGAUUGAUGGUACGAGACCACUAUUGGUGAAGCGGAAGGUGUCUCAACGAUUAAGAGAACUAAGGCUGGCUUGGUGUGACUACCAGACGAAUGAUGGGCAAAAAAUGGCGUCGGAAAUUCAAGACUCCAUAUUUCUGACCUGGAAAGGAAAGCGGCUCUACGACGUUACGAAUUGCAAAUCCCUGAACCUCAAUAUCGAUAGUUCAGGCAAAAUAUCCUCCCAAGGCGAGGGUGUGGAUAACGGACGUGUGCAUCUCGAGGCUUGGACCGAAGACAUCUUCAAGGCUUAUCAAAAGAAGCAAGCUGCCAAACUACAAAGGGAGCAAGACGGCCUCGGCGAGGACGAGGAAGAAGUUAUUGAAGAACAAGUUGUGGUCAAAAGGAUGCGGCUGAUCCUAAAAUCACGGGAGCUGGGAGAAACCAAGAUGACGGUCAAACCUACGACUCUUAUUCAAAAGCUUAUCAAUGCAUUCCGUCAAGAUAAAGAAGUGGCAGAAGACCAGGAGGUUUCUCUGCAAGUCGAUGGAGAGAAGCUAGAUCCCGAGGAGAAGAUAGAGGAUACGGAAUUGGAGAACAUGGAUGUAGUGGAAGUACAUAUCCGUUGA